GGAAGUCGACGAACCGUGACAGUGAGUGAAUCAUUCGACUUCUCCCAAUCCCAAAACAGCCUCCGCCGCCGCGACCGCACUUACUCCACCGCCUUUUGCUGCCGCCGCUGAUUAUCUACCUCAUCAACUUAGCGGAAGACAGGUAAACUAGUAAAUCAACCGUGUGAAAGCCAUGGGAAGAGCCAAGAAGGGGCCGAAGUUCGCGGUGAUGAAGAAGAUGGUCACCUCAAAGGCAAUUAAGCAAUACAAGGAGGAGGUUCUGAACCCGAAUAGGAAGGACCUUUCCAAAGAGCAACUUCCUAGAAACGUGCCGAAGGUGUCUUCAUCGCUUUAUUUCACGCACAACACAGCUUUGGGGCCGCCAUACCGGGUUCUGGUGGACACCAACUUCAUCAAUUUCUCGAUUCAAAACAAAUUGGAUUUGGAAAAGGCAAUGAUGGACUGCCUCUAUGCGAAAUGCACACCUUGCAUCACUGAUUGUGUAAUGGCUGAGCUUGAGAAGCUAGGCCAGAAGUACCGUGUGGCUUUGAGGAUUGCUAAAGAUCCACGUUUUGAGAGGCUGCCCUGCAUUCAUAAAGGAACAUAUGCUGAUGACUGCAUUGUAUCCAGGGUCUCUCAGCACAAGUGCUACAUUGUUGCAACUUGUGAUCGGGAUCUGAAGCGGAGGAUACGCAAGGUCCCUGGUGUCCCAAUAAUGUACAUCACUCAACAUAGAUAUUCAAUUGAGCGUAUGCCUGAAGCGACAAUAGGCGGUGCUCCAAGAUUCUGAUAAUGUGGAGAUCCAGAUCGCUGUGGCCAUGCGAGAAAAAAAGAAGAUUUUGUCAGUCUUAGAAACUAAAGUGUUCAAGAAGGAAUUUGUGUUGUAUGAUCAAUCGUCAGUAGGAUUCUGGCGCGCUCUUAAGAUAUCUUCUUACUUGCUGCAAUGACUUCUUUGAUCUUUCUUGUAAACUAUAUGUAGAGCCUAUAGCUUGCCGUCUUUGAUGAGUUAGUUGAAUGAGUGUUUGAACCGUAUCAAUCCUUUUAUUCUAGAA